AUGCGGAUAGUGUGGCUUAUCCGCUUUCUUGAGGCGGUCAUCAUGAUCGUGCUCGAUACGUUCACACCCGGAUCCAUAGCCCAAUUCGCGGUAGCCAAAGACCAGCUCGACCACUUGAGGUCUGAAUGUGGCCUCAUACCCGUUGCAACUAUGGCGGAAGGCUUGGACAUCCAGCCAGCAUCUGUCGCCAGAGAGCCGCGGACCUUGUCAGAGGAUUGUGCGCUAUCGGACAAGCUUCUACUGUCGGUGCUGUCCCACCUCCCCGGCGACGGCGACGUGGCCACCGUGGCCGCCGUGGUGGCGGUGGUGCCCCCUAGUGCCCCCCGCGCUGGUGAUGCACCCCCUCCGUCUCCUCCCCCAGCACCCCGCCCCUCCUAA